AUGAGGAUGAGUAAAGUGAAAGUUGAGGACAGCAUCAUGUCGUACCUGUCACAGAGUGAGAAUGACCCAAACCCCAAAGACUUGAAUGUAGUGGCCAUGCUCCAUAACUUUUGGGAGCAGAAGCAGACAAGUCAGUUAAAUGGUUCAUUCACUGAAUCGGAUGGUUCUGUCAGAGACGUCGCCAGCCAGGCAGAGAGCUUGCUGCUGUAUGAGUCUGCAUCUUCCCCAUGUCCCCCGUACAUCUGCUAUGUCACCCUGCCUGGAGGAUGCUGCUUUGGUAACUAUAAGGUGUGUGACAUUCUGGCAGAGGCCCGCAGGGAUGCAGCUCGUGUGGCUCUGAUGAACUCGCUAGUGAACGAGCUGCCAUGUCGACGUAUCACCCCUCAGUUCAUCACUCAGAGUUUACAGCAGGCCGCCACAGACAGCGCUGUUUCUUUUGAAGAUGCGUGUGAUUCAAGCACAAGUAUAGGAACCUACAGUUUGCUUCUCAACUCCUACAUAGGCAGGAACAUGCUGGAGUUCCAGGGGAUGAUGACAGUUUUCCAGUUGUUGCACUGGAAUGGGACACUGAAGGCUCUGAGGGAAAGGCAGUGCUCUAGACAGAGCGUGAUUGCUUAUUACUCUCAGCGAGGACUUGAUGAGUACAUGCGCAGCAGCAUGGCUCUGGAUUGGCUUGGACGGGAGCAGAGGUCACCUGGACGACUGGGAGAGGAGCUACAAGUGGCACAGAGGGAGCUGGUGUUGGCCCGACGUCGAGGAAUAGAACUGCGCUUCUACAAGGAAAAGACAGAGAUCCUUAGCUUGGCUCUGAGUCAAGCAUACAUUCACCACACACCUGAGGCCUUCAGCCAGGCACCAAGUCACAUGUGCAAGCAAGAACAACUUCCUUUACACACAUUAUACUGCCAGGAUACAGAAGUCCAGAUAACACCACCCUGCAGUCCUUCACCAACCCUCUAUAAAAACACAAAGCAAACAGUCUGUCAAACCUCUGGCAAACACAUGCCCUCCAACAGUUCCCCACCCAGUUCACAGCAGGCAUAUGCGCCUUUAAAUCACUUUGAAUAG